CUCACGCCAACUUUCAAUCACGGAUCUUCAUCCUACUUCGGUUCGUACUCUGAGUCAGCAAAGAUGGCAGAGAAAGACAACUCAAAGCCCCCACCUUCCCCUCCCCCAGGGUUUAGAAAAGUGAAAAGAGAGUACUGGGAAGCUGCUGAUCCACACAAGAAGAGACCAGCUGUCAACGGGCACACUGGAAUUUUUGCCUAUCAUUCUGAUGACUGUUUGUGCAGUAUGGCUGGAUGGAAAUGUAGGAGAGAUGGAGACAUAUGGAGCUGUUGUGGACAGACAGAAAAGUACUGCAGAUGUGGGUAAAAAAGGGUACAAUAUAACUGGAUCCAAAGGACUCAGUACUGACCAAAAAUAUAAAAAUCUUCUCAAAAUCCAUAAACCACUGGCUGGUACUAAAUGUUUGGUAUAAGGUUCAUCAAUAGAACAUGAGGAAACUUUCAUUUAUACAGUGCUUUUGUAUUAGUCCUUACUCACUUUUACACUAGCAUCACUCUUAUAGUAAAAUUGUAGGAGCAAGCAAAAAUAAAGGGAUGUUUUAUAGAUAAUGAAAAAUCUACACUUCUAUACCAAACAAUUUUUUGAUGCAUAAAUGCAUGUCAUUUUUUGAUGUUUUUUGAUAUUCCUUCAAUAAUCUAGUUCAGGAGCGUUUAUUUAGGGGUAUUUAGCCUGUGUACAGCCAAUUCCCACCCUUCUCCCUAUAGUCAGGUCUCUUAUGGUCUUGAUCGUUACAGAACUUACAAAAGCACCAAACUUGGCAUAGUUGUAGCUUAUGGUAGUACUAUCAAUGUUAGAGGGGGAGCUCAACGUAAAUUGUCCUUUAAGGGGAAUUACGGAGGAUUUACUUUUUCAAAUUUCACGAAUUGGGCUCCCUGUGGUUCUUAUUUUAAAUAUAUUCAUUAAAUAUGUAAAAACCUUUUGAAUAAGUUUUAAAACAGCUAUCUACCCAUUAGAAUGCAUUAUCUGUCAUGGCUAUCGAUUACAACCCCAAAUCUUAACAAAAAAGCUACUUUUCGGCAUCUCUUUCAAACACUAGUGGCCAGUCCCACUCGGUCAUUAGCUAAAUCCAAGAUGGCGGCCCAGACUUACCUACAAAACCUGUAAGUAUUUUGCUCUUAAAAGGCCGUAAUCUUGCUAUUUUUAUAUUGCAAUAUAUAUAAAAGUUUGGUUUAACAGGUUUUCUUUGAAUUUCAAGUUGUUUUUCGAAUUAAUUAGCUAAAAUUAAUCGAAAAUAUAACCAUUUCAGAAUCGGAAAUGGAAAUAUUUUGGAAUCGAUGCAUCAUAUGCCAAACAACUACAACAGAAGAUUUAAGAUGUCCUCUUAGAGCAUCUGGUUCCUGUUAUGAACCUGCAUCAGUCUAUGCCUCUUUUCUUCAGAAUGUUCUCGAGUUUAGCUCACUAGGUGCCCUGCCAGUCAAUGUUCCCUUCGCUCUUGAUAUAGACACUGAAGUUUUAAUUAAAAACGAGGCGUCUUGGCACAAGUCUUGCUAUUUGAAAUUCAAUUUGUCGAAGCUACAAAAAGCCAAAGAAAGAGUAUCUAGGAAAAGGAAGAAAGAAGAAGACCACCCAGAAGAGGAGAAAGCCCCUGCAUUAAAGAAUCGACGACAAUCAGUAACACACAAUAAGGUGGACUGCGGUAAGGGGGGACAGCUACAUGAGGUCACAACUUUUUCGACUGACCAGAAUAUCUGUCGCAUGAUUACUGAAAUAAACGAUGCUACGCUAAUGCCAAAGAUCUCGGGAGUUGAUCUCAUAGCUGCUGAGGCCAAAUAUYACCUUAAAUGUUUGACUGAUCUAAGAAAUCGGUAUAGAAGUCAUCUCACUAGAAAACGGCAAGAAUCUUGUGAAGAAGAGGAUGAGAGGAUUAUGGAAUCUCAAGCAUYCAUUGAGUUGGUUGAGUAUAUUGAGAUUUCUGUUAAGGAAAACAAGCUUCUUUUUAUGCUAUCUGAAUUGCAUGCACGUUAUAUAAGUCGUCUUGAAGCUUUGGGCGUUUAUAAGACUGUAAAUAAGACUCGACUGAAGAAUUCAUUGUUAGAUCAGUUUCAUGAUGCACAAGAGCAAAAUGAUGGAAAAAAUGUUGUCRUAGUUUUCACGAAAGCAUUAAAGGGCAUGGUUAAAGAUGCAAUCAAGACUAAAAGGGACUUCUCCGAGGACGCCACGAUACUGGCCAAGGCUUCCGCAAUUGUAAGAAGAGACAUACUUGAGCAUAAAGGAUUCAACUUUUCUGGAAGUUUUACUUCAGAUUGUCAAGAAAUGUCCACCCCAGCAAGUCUAAAGUCGCUAAUUUCUAUGAUCCUGAGUGGUUUGGACAUUGAGAACACUGAAGCUCAAGAUUCCCAGCCACGCAAUUUGACUGCAGCGUUCUAGACGGAGCUGUCGUGGUCCACUGC